AUAAAAAGCUCGAACGUCACAGAUCUCAUCUAAGAUUCUCUUUUUCUUCUUCAAGUAAGAAUACUUGAUAAACUAGUUUCUUCUUGUCAUGGUCCAAACAGACCAAAAUUAGGGAUUUCUAAAAUUCUCGAGUGCCUUUUUUUUUCCCAAGAUGGAAGCAGAACUAAAGGAUAUCACCAACCUGAAUAAAAGUCAAAAUAGCCAAAGGGAAGAAGGGAAAGAAAAAGAUAAUCAACCAUUACUACAAAAAUCAGAGGCUGGUGAUUCUGAUAAUAAUAUUUCAUAUACUGAGAAAGAUAUACAAGAACUUGAGAAGAAAUUUGCAGCUUAUGUACGUAAUGAUGUAUAUGGAACUAUGGGUUUAGGCGAAAUAUCAUUGAAAGAGAAAAUCUUACUUGGACUAGCUAUGAUUACAUUAUUACCGAUUCGAUUAAUCGUUACGGUUGCGAUUCUGACUUUUUAUUAUUUAGUUUGUCGAUUAUGUACUCUUUUCUCUGCUCCUAAUAGAGAAGAGGGAGAAGAUGGACAAGAAGAUUAUGCUCAUUUAAUUGGGUGGAGAAGGAAUGUUAUUGUUGCUUUUGGGAGAUUUUGUUCAAGGGCUAUCCUGUUUGCUAAUGGAUUUUAUUGGAUCACUGAAACUUAUGUCGAGAAAUUGGCGAACGAGGAUCAAAAGAAAGGGCCAUCAGAAGAAUCUGAAAGACCCGGAGCAAUCAUAUCUAACCACGUAUCUUACUUGGACAUUUUGUAUCACAUGUCUUCAUCCUUCCCUAGCUUUGUUGCAAAGAGAUCAGUAGCUAAACUCCCUCUUGUCGGCCUCAUAAGCAAGUGCCUUGGCUGUGUUUAUGUUCAGCGGGAGUCAAAAUCUGCCGAAUUUAAGGGUGUAGCUGGGGUUGUGACGGAUAGAAUCGUAGAAGCCCAUCAGAAUGAACAUGCUCCACUGAUGCUGCUUUUUCCAGAGGGCACGACCACAAAUGGUGAUUUUCUCCUUCCAUUCAAGACAGGUGCAUUUAUAGCUAAAGCGCCAGUGCUUCCAGUAAUUUUAAGAUAUCCAUACCAAAGAUUUAGUCCAGCAUGGGAUACCAUAUCUGGGGUUCGCCAUAUUGUUUUGCUCCUCUGUCAGUUUGUCAAUCACAUUGAAGUGGUUCGCUUGCCUGUAUAUCAUCCUUCAGAGCAAGAAAAGGAGGAUCCAAAACUUUACGCUAGUAAUGUUCGAAAGUUACUGGCUACCGAGGGUAAAUUAACCCUCGCAGAUAUUGGGUUGGCUGAGAAGCGAGUUUAUCAUGCUGCGCUCAAUGGUUUUCUUCGUCAAAGCCAGAUUUGAACCCCUGUAAAUCUGUUUGAUCACGUCACUCAGAGUUCAAAAGGAAAAUUUUGUUAGGAAAAGCAAUCCUUGUUUCCGUGGAUAAUGAGCACAUUUUGUCUUCUAGGCUUUUUAGAAUGCCUAGCUCACGUAGUUGGUAAUGGCAUUAGUGUUGAUACAACUCAACGGAAUCAUAACUUAAUGGCUUAGCCUGUUUGCCAAACCAAAAAAUUAAAGAAUGGGAAGAAAAAAUAGAAGAAAAGGUUGUGCAUCUUUGUUUCUUUCUAUCUUUCUAUAUUCAUGUGUCAGCAUUUUUGUUGCAAUAGUAAAUAACACCCUUUUUUUUUCCCCUGCAAAUUUCC